AUGGCCGAAGAACAACUAUCUCCCACCACAAGUAGGGUGGACUUGAAGAACCUAGCACAUACCAAGGACAAGGACGGCAACAUGGUGGAUCUCUCCAAGUUGACCCCCCAGGAACUGAAACUAUUCAAAAUGUACGGGAAACUUCCCUCCAAGAGAGACCUUCUAAAGCACAAGAUGCAAGAGAGGAAAUACUUUGAUAGCGGGGACUACGCACUAAGGAAGGCAGGGGUCAUCAAGAAGGACGACGUGAUGAGCAGUAAUUCGAGUAAUAAUAUGCCCGUUACUAACCCAAGUGGGUUGAGGGAAUCCAUUAUAAGGAGAAGAUUGAGUAAUAGCUCUCCCAAUAACAGUAACAGCGAUAAUAACUCGAUUGAAAGAAAGGGAAGUAUAUCCAGCGGACCCCCUCCAUCGAGGUCACCAAUAAGAUAA